AUGUCUGAAACAUUGUUGGACUUGUUCCCCACAGACAUCUCCAAGCUCCAGGUGGUGACCUCGAUCUCCAUCGUUUGUGGCCUCAUAUUCUUGCUGGCCAAAGUGAACCAGACGGUACACUCGCUUCUUGUGUUUGCUUGGGCCUGUUUUAUCAAGCCUUUGAUCCAGAAGAAGACUUCCGGCAAGAAGAAGGAUCAGCAACAUUCGCUUGAGCAAUUCUACAAGAACCAGGCUCACAUCUACGACACCACCCGUGAGUUCUUGUUGAAGGGAAGACAGGAAUGUCUUCGUCUUGCUGUCUCCCAUUUGCAGAAGAAGAAAGAGUUGGUCUGGAUCGAUGUUGGUGGAGGUACUGGUUCCAACAUCGAGUACAUGGACCAGUUCUGCUCCAUUUCCGAAAACUUUAAGGCCGUCUAUUUGGUUGAUUUGUCUCCUUCACUCUGUGAAGUGGCUCGUGCCAGAUUCGCAGCUCGUAACUGGAAGAAUGUCAAGGUCAUUGUUGCUGAUGCCUGUGACUUUGAAAUCGACUACAAGACUGCUGACUUGAUCACGUUUUCCUACUCUCUUUCUAUGAUUCCAACUUUCAAUGCUGCUAUCGACAAUGCAGUCACCAAGUUGGAUAAGCAGGGUAUUAUUGCUGCUGUAGACUUUGGUAUCCAGAGUUUUGACACCUCUAUGGGCAGAAUCAACACUGUAGGAGGUUUGGUCAACAGAAACAUCCCCUGGGUGCUCAGAAACUUCUGGAGAAUUUGGUUUGAAGCCGACAAAGUCUUUUUGGACUCAUCGAGAAGAAAUUACUUGGAAUACAAGUUUGGAACCAUCAAGUCUCUCAACACCUAUAACAAGAAGUUGGGUAAAAUCCCUUACUACAUCUGGAUUGGCUGUGACAAGUCCAAGUCGCAAAAUAUCUUACACCGUCUCAACUGCUUGGCUACUGAAUCUCCUUACUUGGCACCUUCUACCACUCCCAUUACCACUGCUCUCAAAGACGUUCCUAUCAGUAAGGGCCAUGAAGCUGCCUUGACGAACUUGCAAAAGAACUUACCUUUUCCUUCUUUCUACUACCAGCGCGAAAUCUGGAGAGUGUACUAUGAAGAGUUGAACCAGCAUUACGAACAGUUCAAGAACCAAUACAUCUACGCCUUCACAUGGGAAGAUCCACGUGAAGAUCACAAUAUCCUCAAGUUCAACAGCAAUGACACAGUUUUAGCCAUUACUUCUGCGGGUGACAACAUCUUAUCUUAUGCUACCUUACCGGACCCACCAAAGAGAAUCCAUGCUGUAGACUUAAACCCAUGUCAAAACCACUUGUUGGAGUUGAAGUUGGCAGCUUUCAGAUCCUUGACACACCAACAGAUCUGGCAGAUGUUUGGUGAAGGUAAGAUCGAAAACUUCACCGACUUGUUGAUCGACAAGUUGUCCCCACACAUGUCUUCCAAUGCCUUCCAGUACUGGAUGGACAGAGGACACAAGUGUUUCUCCAAGAACGGACUUUACGACACUGGUUCUAGUAGAUGGGCUCUCAGACUCGCCAAGUACACUUUCAAGGCCUUUGGUGUCACUAAAGAUAUCAAGCAGUUGUGCGAAGCAGCUACUAUGGACGAGCAGAUGAAGAUCUGGGAAGAGAGAGUGAAGAAGUCUUUGUUCAACUCAGUAGUGGCUACUUUAUUGGUUGGAAACCCACUCUUUUUGUGGAAGGCUCUUGGAGUUCCAGCUAAUCAGGCCUCCAUGAUGGGAGAAUCCGUCUUCAAGUAUGUUGUCGACACAAUAGAGCCUCUCUUGAAGAGAUCCUUGAUUUCAAAGGACAAUUAUUUCUACUACUUGUGCUUGAUGAACAAGUACGCCUACAACAACUGUCCCGACUACUUGACUGUCAAGGGCUACAAGAGAUUGACGGCCCAGACUACUCCCCAAAGAGAAAACCCAUUGGACAACAUCAGAAUUCAUACUGACUUUUUGAACGACGUGUUUGCCAGAUUGAGCAAGAAGUCGUUGACUAUCGCAAUUAUUAUGGACCACAUGGAUUGGUUUGAUCAUGACUCCAAGGAUGUCAACGAUGAGAUUUCCGUUCUUAAGGAAAGUCUUGUCGACGGUGGUAGAGUCUUGUUGAGAUCUGCUUCUCAACACCCAUGGUACAUCAGCACCUUUGAGUCUAUGGGCUUUAGUUGUAAGGCUGCUGCUGUCAGAAUCUCAGGUGAAUCUAUUGACAGGGUCAACAUGUACGCUUCUACUUGGGUAUGCACCAAGCUUCCAACCAAGGAAGACGAGGAAGAAAUUGGCAUUGGCCGUAGAAGAAUGAGCAGUUUGAAGAUUUAA